CUGAAAACAGGAAAAAACGGAAUGUUCCUGGACAUUCCUCCAUGUUAGACUCCGGAGAAGAUCGGGCUGUUGGGGACUGAAUAAAACUGAGAUGUUCCAGUAACCUGCAGUCUGCUCCUCGUCCAGGAGCCAUGAGCCGCCGGCGGGUUUCCGUCAAAAACCUGGGGGAGGCCGAUUGCCAGGGCUGGCUGCAGCGCAGGAAGGACGGACGCAGCUUCCUGGGAGGCAAAUGGAAAAGGUUCUGGUUUGUCCUGAAGAAGAGCUCCCUGUACUGGUACGGUAACAAGAUGGCGGAGAAGGCUGAAGGCUUCAUCAACUUGUGUGGUUUCAGCAUUGAACAGGCCACAGGGUGCAGGAAGAGACAUGUGAUAACAGCCACUCAUCCUAAUGUGGUCACCAUCUUCAUCGCUGCAGACAGCUUCACCGACAUGAAUAAGUGGAUCAGCAAACUGCGUGAAGCAGUUGGACGCAAUGAGCUCAUCAACGUUGAAGAUUGCUACAGCGAAGACAGCGAUCAGGAUACUGACGAAUCUGCGUCAGCCUCCAUUUCCCUGGAUUCUGAACUGGACCAAACGGAACCAGAAACCUCAGCAGAGGAUGUCCCACCUCUCAGUCAGUCUCUGUCCCGCUCCUCCAUGCCAGCCACCACCCUGACCUCGGACAGCAGAACCAGAACCUGUUCAGCAGGCAGCUCUUUAUGUUUGAAUCGGAGAACCACAACAACAGAACCCUCGAGUGGCAGUCAGCUCUCCGGGUUGGACCUCCCAACAUCAGGUGAUUCCAGCGAAACAACCAGGAUCCCGGAACUCUGGGUCACAGAAAAAGAGAGGCCGUCAGAUGAGAUGGAGUCUCUCUACAAACACCUGAAGGCAGCCAGACUGUCUCCGAUCGGACAGAGAGACUUCCGGGCCUCGUUUAUCCGCCGGAGUCGCAACGAGCAGAUCAACGAGAAGCUGCACCAGCUGAGGAUCCUCAGCAGCACCUUAAAGGCUAAAGAGUCAGAGCUGCAUGUGGUGGGGCAGAUCCUGGACCAUCCGGCCCUCCCAGCCCCCACCUACAGGCAGUGGAAACUGUCCAACCUUGUCCUACUGGAGGAGAUGCUGCAGCACAGCCGAGCAGCAGGGGUCGCCACCGAGCUCAGCGCAGAGACUGCAGACGAAUCAUGUGGAGAGAAAUCAGGUCGAGGGUCAGACAGUCAGACCGGAGCAGAGUUCUCACUCUGAAGACUGAACUCAUUCAUAAAAACAGAUUCCGUUCACUCAUCGGAUCCAGAAUCACUUCACUCCAGAUAUUUACAGAGAAAUGUUAGGAAAGCCUCUGUGUCCUUGUGGUCCACAGAUAGGACCUUCAGGUUCUGAUGUCAGAUGGAAAGAACUGAUUUAUCACCUCCUGAGCAGUUUCUUUGUAUGGACUGUCUUCUGUACAUUAGAAGUUACAGGGGUUGGACAAUAAAACUGAAACACCUGGUUUUAGACCACAAUAAUUUAUUAGUAGGGUGUAGGGCCUCCUUUUGCGGCCAAUACAGCAUCAAUUCAUCUUGGG